AUGAGCGGUUCCAGCGGGGGCGGGAGCAGCGACCAUCGUGGCACCCCCAGCAAGGGCGGGCGAAGCGACACUUAUGGCACGAGCGUUCCGGCCACAAGCGCCUUGCAGUUCGCACAGCUAGGACAGCAGCUGCUCCCGCACCAGCAGCUUCACGGAUUCGGAGGGAUCGGAUCGUCCGUUGCCCCAGCCGCUCUGGUUCCACCGGCCCAACUGGCUGGCAUCCACCCUACCGCUUCGCUCACAACAGCGACCUCCGUCGACACUGGGCUGUACCCGGGGCUCCGCAAUUUGCGGGAGACGCCACCCCUGUACGUGGUGGACGACUUCUUCAGCGGCCCCGAAUGUGACGCCCUGAUAGCCUUGGCCGGGAACUACAUGAUUGUUAGCCCUGUGGUCGGGGCCGGCGCCGGGGAGGUGAGCGAGAGCAGGACUAGCAGCUCGUGCUUCCUGGCGAGGGAGGACCUUCCGACCGUGUGCCACAAAGUGAUGGCCCUGACGGGGAAACCCAUCGAGCACUUGGAGCUCCCGCAGGUGGGACGCUACUAUACUUCCCAGAAGUACGCUAACCACUGGGACGCAUUCGACCUCAACACAGAGGACGGCAGGCGUUUCGCACAGAACGGGGGGCAGCGCGUGUGCACCGUGCUGGUGUACCUCAACGACGUUCCCUCCGGAGGGUGCACUGCUUUCCCUCAGCUGGGGAUGAAGGUUCAGCCAAGAAAAGGCAUGGCCGUAGUCUUUUUCCCGGCCACGCUGGACGGAGUGCUGGACUCGAGACUUCUGCACGCGGCCGAACCGGCCAUAGACACGAAGUGGGUCUCCCAGAUCUGGAUUCGGCAGGGGGCUUACCACGGCACACCUACCGCCAGGAUUCCCGCCAUUUAGUACAUCUAUCGCUACCUUGUUUGGCAAGGUGCAGUCCGUCAGGCCCAUUUUGUCAAUUUGUCAAUUGUUUUGGUGCUACAAACGCUGCAAGGUCAGUACUGACAUGUGGUUUGGACGGAAGCGUGAUCCUCGUGGUGAUUAUUGUUUGGAUCUUGGUCUUGGCCGAAAGCCGUAUACACGAACUGAACCUAGAUGAUCGAGAUCGGCUGCCAUUUGUUUCUCCUCGGCUGAUUUGUUCUUGUC